GUAGGAUUACUAUAAGACACACCGCGGGAUCAUGUCCUGGGCCAGGACAUUUUGUGUCAGAGCCGCCCGUGUUUCUCGCUCUCUCUAGCCAUCACAGCACAAAGCACAAAGGGGGCAGGACCCCCGGCCAUCUCCUGAUCGAUCCCUUUGUGUCAGAGAACCAAAUCUUCUUCUUCUUCUAGCCCCCACCACACCAUAUCAUCAUCUCCAAUCCCCCAGCCUUAAUUCAUUCCUCUCUUCUCCUUCCCCUUCCCCACGUCUCUCCUGCCUUUUAAGCCACGCUCCUCCUGUAACCACCGCCCUCCUUCCCCCUCUCUCUUCGGUCUCAAUUCUCUGUGAUCUCUCUGAGUCUCUGUGAGGUGAGGCGAGGCGAGGGGUUGUGUUGUGCCGUCGGCGGCCGGUUGAUGGACGCGAAGGAGGGCGAGGCGCCGCCGGAAAACCCUAACCCUAGUAGCGGCGGCGGCGGCGGCGGCGUUCUCCUCGAAAGCGCGGGGGCCGCGGCGGCGUCGGCGUCGACGUCGACGACGAAGGCGAUGCUGGCGUUCCACUUCGUGCGGGCGCUGUCCCGCGUCAUCCACGGUGGCGGCGGGUCGGCCCGCCGCCGCACGCGCACCAUCCGCCGCGCGGCCUACGCCUCCAUGGCGCGCGCCGCGGGGCCGCGCCGCGCCUGGAGCCGCGCGCUGCUCCGCCAGGCCCGAGCCCGUAGAUCCACGACGGCGGCGGCGCCGGUCUCCGCCGGGGUACUGGUGCGGAGAAGACGCCGCGUCGCCGCCGGGAUAAGCAGCGCGGCUUCUACGGGAGAGACAUCAUCAUCAGCGGCUCUCUCCCUCCCGCCUCCGGCGGCGCGGCGGGAGGCAGCGGCGGGGGGCGAGCCUGCGCGGACGGAGGCGCUGCGGAGGCUGGUGCCCGGGGGCGCCGGGAUGGAGUACUGCAGCCUCCUGGAGGAGACGGCCGACUACGUGCGCUGCCUGCACGCGCAGGUGCAGCUCAUGCAGGGCCUCGCCGACCUUUUCUCCUGCCAAUGAUCCGUCCAUCCCAGAUCGUUUCUCCGUCUCCGGCCGAUCGAUCCAGUAAUUAAUUAUUUCUCGUUCCAUCUUGCAUCCGAUCCCCAUCGCUCGAUCAUCGCCUUAUCUUCUGAUCGGUCUCUCUUAUUCGAUAGAUCGACAUGAGGUCGGUCCAUCGAUGCAUGCAUACGCGUGACGAUUAAGAUAGAGGAAGGAUCGAUUACUGGGGGAGAAAGGGAAAUUAGGUGGAGGAGGAGAUUUGGUGGAGCACGUAUAUAUGUUCAGUUGGUAAGAUUAUUAUGAACAGUAGGUGAGGAAAAUAUCGAUUGGGUAUAAGCAAUUUGUAUACGUAGGUUGGGAUCAAACACAUUGAAACCACACCGAGGAAAAUAGGAAGGUAAUUAAUUGUAAGAUAUAGAGAAGGAUAUAUAUACAUGGAAUUGAAUUACAUUUACUGUAUGAUCGAGCUACUAUUGUUGGGUUAAUUAUUUAGCUGAUUAUCUGCAUAUAUGUUCUUGAACCAUAUAUGAAGCCAUGUAUAUGCAUGCCAUGUUUCUUGCGGCUACAGAUGUAGGUGCAGGCUAUUCUUUUUUUUUUUCUAGAAUACACCGUAGCAGGUGGAUCAUAUAUUGAAGAAGAUGCAGCUAUUCUAUGGAGUAAGUAUAUUUAUAUACGCAGACACACUUUUCUCUGUGUUUCUUUUCCUCUUGUAGGUCUGUCUCGGUCUGAUUUGGUGAAAGGUAGGUAACUAAUCAUGUGAACUCGAUCCACCGUGGAUGCAUGAGUAAAUAUAUGCAGUCACAUGAAAGCAUGACAAUUUUUUGUUGCCUGAUGCAUGUGACAGUUAGUUUACAUUGCUGUUUAUAAGCUACAUAUCUGCUAGCUAGAAUCAAGAGUAGCCUGGCACAUGCAAGCAUGUAGCUAGCUGGAUGAUGCUCCAGCUAGCUAGCCUUUGCGUUGUGCAAUUAGAGGUGUGCUAGGAAGGUGGUUAUGCUGAGUUGGUUUGGUAGAGUGUUUAUUUUCCAAGCUCCUCCCAAAUUUGAGAAAGUGGGAUCCACAACCUAUCGAGGAUAGGAUUGCUAUAAUCUUUGAGCUGUAGAAGACAUAACUUGUGGCCAAAGGGACCUAAGACAUUCUCUCCAUAGGCGGUUAGCAUCUUUUUGUUAAAGGUACUCCGGAGUCCGGCAUCCCUUUUGUUUUGCCCUUCGCAAUCUCUCUCUCUCUCUCUCAACUGCCAACUUAUACCUAUUCCUUUUUAGGUGCCA